AUUUACCUCUCAUUUUGCCCUAAACUUCCUCACUAUAUAUACACAUACUACUACUACCCCAUUACACUCACAAACAAACUCAAGAAACUAUGGGUAGGAGAAAGAUAGAGAUGAAGAUGGUGAAAGACACCGGUUCUCGUCAAGUCACCUUCUCGAAACGCCGGUCCGGUCUUUUCAAGAAAGCUAACGAGCUGGCAACUCUCUGUGCAGCUCAGGUGGCCAUCGUUGUCUUCUCUCCCGGAGGAAAACCCUAUUCCUUCGGCUACCCUACUCUUGCGUCGGUUGCUGAGCGGUUUCUAAAUCAAGAAUCCGCCAAGAAACCGAAAGCUUCGAGCCAGGAGGCGAGGCUGGAGAAGCUGAACAAGGAGCUGAGUGACUUGCAGAAGCAGAUUCAGAUUGAGAAGAAGAAGGGAGAGUUUCUUGAUAAGGCUAUGAAGGAGAAUGGUUAUAAGCGGAUCGAUGAGAUGAGCGGCGACGAGGUUGUGAAGUUCAAGAAAGAUUUGGAGGCGCUGCGUGAGAAGAUGAAAGGGAGGGUGGUUGACAUGGAAGCUUCUUCUUCGUUGCUUCUUCUUUCUAAGAAAGAAAAAAAUUAAGAAAAAGGUGACCAUUAGAUCACUAAAAAUAAUUAAUAAGUAUGGAAGUGAGGGAAAAAAUACAUUAUAAGUUGAGAAGAUUGUUAUGAUUCUAUAAUAGAAUUAAUUAUCUAUUCCAAAUUCCAAAUAAGUGA